GUAGAUUAUUAAAUUACCCUUUAAAUGGAGAAACUGCAAAACGACUACUCCGCUACCUAUGAAUUUUACUGCGUUCUCACUGACUCCUGACCCGAUUAAAUUGGGGUCCGAUGCCCAAGUAUCAUUCACAGCACAGGUGAAGGAGGACAUUGGAACCACCAACACACUUCAGAUUGAUGUUGACGCCAAACUGGAUACACAAGGAACCACGAUCGAUGUAUGCGACUAUCUCACUUGUCACUUCCCGGACUUUUGCAGCAUAUUGAAACAGUACAAAAGUAAAUGUCCCGGUGUAAUCAAGAAGCUUGUUCCACAAUGCCAGUGCCCUUUGAAGAAGAACGAAUAUACCGUUACCAAAGCAACAAUACCACUUCCUUCUGUACCAAUAACUGUAAAUGGAUUAGUCCGUACUACGGUGGAUGUAAAAGAAUCCGGCAAGCAGAUGGGGUGCAUAGAAGUGGAAAUUUGUAUUGGCUCCUGUUAAGAAAACGGCAAGAAG